AUGGAGAACAUGUUUGCGUCACUGGCGUGCAUGGCGCAUGCACUGCUGGGAGCGCCGGACGUGACGCCGGGGACAGUGGAGCGAGCAUAUUCACUGCACUGGUCGCACUGCAACGUCACCCUCACCCUCAUCUGGAGUGUGUUCAUGGUGGAGACAGCAUGGGUGGACCCCGCUAAUCUCUUCAAGGGAGGGCAGGUGGAUGUGAGCACAGCCGACAGCGCAUGGACGCAUGUCGUACACUCCUAUGGCGUCAUUGUCUUUAACACUGGCAACUGGUGGAAGCCAAGGCAGCUAGAGCGAUACGGCCUCACACUCACCCCGCCCUUCCACCACACCGGUAUUGUCGAGGCCUACCCGCAUGGCCUCGCAACAAUUCUCACCGCUCUGCACCGCAGGCGGCGCGUUACGGCGCGCGCGUUCCUGGUUACCAGCGUGUCGUUCCAGUUCAACGCCAGCUGUCCCGCCACGCAGCCCAUUGCUGACCUGGCGACGGCGCGCACAACGAUGGCGGCGCUGACCCGGCGAAAAAACGAGGUGUUGAAAGCGGUGUUGCGGAGGGUGGUGGGGGAGGAGGAGGACAGGGAGGGACAGGAGAGGGAGAGGGAGGAGAGGGAGAAGGAUGUUGGGGGACGAAAGGGGCAACAGGGGCAGCAGGGGCGGCAGGAGCAGCAGCAGGCACGAUCAGCACAUGUACAUGCAGCAGGGGCAGGUGGGUGGGGCAGCAGCAUUCGGCUGUUGGACAUCCAUGACUUGUCUCUCUUCCGCCACGAUGCACGGCCAGCAGCGUACCACGGGAGACAGAGCAGCCUGCAUGACUGCGCUCACUACUGCGUGCCCGGUGUGCCCGACACGUGGAACGAGCUGCUGCUGGGGAUGAUGGCCGAGUGA